GAAAACACACUAGUAAGAAUAAAGUUCAAGGCAGUUAUGACACACCACAAGGUCACGUUACUGCUGUACGUCUAUAAAAUCACAUUACCUACUAAUCUAGCAGGAAGACGGUUUGCCUCAUGUAUGACACAGUUUACAAUAACCUGAGUGCUCCAUUUACAGACACGUACAGAACAGAAAUGGCAUGUAAGUCCGAAAGGCCUUGUGCCUGUCAAUGUAAUAGAGAUCCAGUCAAUAGCAUUCUGUUUCGAAUGCUUAAUUCAGAAGUCACACCAGAAGCUAACAGUCAGCAGGGGUAUCAUCAAUACAGCUGUAAUUCUACUGAAGGAUGUCCCUGUGAGGGCAACAAGAAGGUAGCGCUAAAGAACUCUGAAGUUAUCUGCAAAAAAGCAUCUGAAGUUUUAUUAAAGACAGUGGCUUUCAUUAAAAAUGUUCCAUCCUUCUACCAGCUGCCACAGGAAGAUCAGAUCCUUCUCAUACAUAAGUGCUGGGCACCACUUUUCGUUUUAGGACUGGCUCAAGAAAGAGUGGAUUUUGAAUGGAAAGAACUUUCUGUCCCCAGCCUCUUGAAAAAGAUUCUUCUUAAUCAGUCUUCUAAUGUCGGUGAUACCACAGUGAGGUCUGAUGCUGGAGUCCCUUUUAGAGAUGUCCAACGUAUGAGGAUGCUUCUACAUAAAUUGUGGAGCUUGGACAUUUGCACGAAAGAGUAUGCGUAUCUUAAAGGGAUGGUAUUGUUUAAUCCAGGUAUCAGUGGUAUUAGGUACCCGCAGUAUGUUCAGACCCUGCAGCUGGAAGCACAGCAAACACUAAUGGAGUUUACAUCAAUGACACACAGCAGGAGUCACACUCGAUUCACAUGGAUGCUAGAAGCUGUGGACAUUGUCAAGGCUAUUGACUCCAAAAUUAUCACAGAACUUUUCUUUAGACCAGUCUCCGGAGUAAUUAAUCUGGAAAAGAUGUUGCUUGAAACUUUGUUUAUCAACCACUAAAACAGUGAAUCCAGAACAUUUUCCUGAUGCUUUGAACAAAAUUAAACCUCUUGAAUUGAAUGGGCCUUCAUAGAUGUAAGCUGACUUACAGCGUUGGUCAAAUAUUUUCUUAUAUUGCACCAGUGCAUAUACUGAAAGAUAGAGAAAGAUAAAACCCAUACUAAGAGAUAACGCAAAGCUCCAUAAAGAAGUACAUUAUGUGCUGUAGUCAUUAACUCUUUUAGCUCCAGUUUUUGCAUGUAUGUAAAUUUAAGCACUAAAGUCUCUGAUACAGUGUUGGCUACUGGAAAUACAUACCCGAAUCAUUUUUAUACCUAGUGACUAUUAAGCUUUUUUUUCCUGUUUACAAUCACAAAAAAAUGGCGAAUAUCUUCAUCUUGUCAGAAUAGAAAUAUUGGAGCUGAAACUGCCAACAUGUUUUUGAAGGUGGGCUUCAAGAAUGUCAUCCUUAUUCUUCCUG